AUGCAAGUGGAGAGCAUUGGAGGAAAGCGCUAUGUCUUUGUUCUAGUGGAUGAUUACUCGCGAUACACUUGGGUCCGCUUCAUUCGUGACAAAUCUGACACCAUGGCGAGUUUCAAGAUUUGGGCUCUUCAAGUUAUCACUGAGAAAGGAAGCCUCAAGCGCAUACGCAGUGAUCAUGGGGGAGAAUUUCAGAAUGAGGUCAUGACUAAGUUCUGCAAUGAACAAGGCAUAGCUCACCAAUUUUCGGCACCUAGAACACCACAGAUGAAUGGAGUAGUGGAGCGAAAGAACAGAACACUUCAAGAAAUGGCGCGUGCAAUGAUCCAUGGAGGAAACAUUCCUGUGAAGUUUUGGGCUGAAGCAAUCAACACCGCAUGCUACAUCAUCAACCGUGUGUUCAUUCUGAAUGACAAGGAUCAACUUGGAAAGUUCGACUCAAGGAGUGAUGAAGGCAUAUUUCUGGGUUAUUCAGGCAAUAGUUCAGCCUACAGAGUCUUCAAUCUUCGGUCCAAGAUGAUUAUGGAGUCAGUCAAUGUUGUUUUUGAUGAUCGAUCAAUUGCGGCCAUGGGAGACUCUCCAAUAUUUCAUGAACCAGAAGUCAGCGAAGCAGAAACAGAAGCAGAGGAGGUUCGUGAAGAAGAAGAAAAGGUUCAUGAGGAAGUCUCUGACACAGCUCCUGAUGUAGGUCUCCCACUGACACAAGUUCACAGAAAUCAUUCCUCGAACGAUCUGAUUGGAGACAUCACUGAGCCACGAAGGACGAGAGGAAUCAAGAUGAACUAUAAGCAGAUGGUCAGCAUGGCAAUUAUCCAAUUUGAGUGCUUUGUCUCUGCCAUAGAGCCACGAAAUCAUCGUGAAGCACUGGAAGAUGCAGAUUGGAUCAUCUCCAUGGAAGAGGAACUAGAGGAGUUCGUGAGAAACGAUGUAUGGGAGUUAGUGCCACUACCUGAUGGUGUGAAUGUGGUCGGUACAAAGUGGAUCUUCAAGAACAAGACAGAUGAUGCUGGAAGCAUUGUACGAAACAAGUCAAGACUUGUUGCGCAAGGUUACUCACAAGUUGAAGGAGUCGACUUUGAUGAAACCUUUGCCCCUGUAGCUCGUCUUGAGUCUAUCAGACUGUUUCUAGGGAUGGCAUGCAUAUUGAACUUCAAGGUGUAUCAGAUGGAUGUGAAGAGUGCUUUCUUGAAUGGCAUUCUACAAGAGGAAGCUCCAAGAGCUUGGUAUGAGCACCUGACGAAGUUUCUGAUUGACACAGGCUACGUCAGAGGAACUGUGGACAAAACCUUGUUCACACUUGAGAAGAAGAAUGAGAUGAUGAUGGUGCAGAUCUAUGUAGAUGAUAUCAUCUUUGGAGGAACUUCAGAGAAGCUGGUGGAAAACUUUGUGAAGAGUAUGACUAAGGAGUUCAAGAUGAGCAUGGUGGGAGAGUUGAAGUACUUUCUUGGACUUCAAGUGAAUCAGACUGAGAAAGGAAUUUUUAUUUCUCAAAGCACCUAUGCCAAGAAUCUACUGGUGAAGUUUGGUCUUGACAAAUGCAAGGAGGCAAGAACACCAAUGAGCACCACGACAAAGAUUGGAAAGGAUGAACAAGGAGAAGAUGUUGAUGCCAAACCAAAACAGUCCCAUCUUCAAGCGGUGAAGAAGAUCUUGAGGUAUGUCAAGGGAACUGUCAAUCUGGGGAUCUUUUACUCCAAAGGAUCCAACAGAAAUCUUGCUGGAUAUUGUGACGCCGAUUGGGCAGGAUGUGCAGAUGAUCGGAAAAGCACAAGUGGAGGUUGUUUCUUCCUUGGGAACAAUCUUAUUGCUUGGCUUAGCAAGAAGCAGAAUUCUGUGUCACUAUCUACUGCAGAGGCUGAGUACAUUGCAUUGGGAAGCUGCUGCACACAGCUUAUAUGGAUGAGACAGAUGUCAGCCGAUUAUGGGAUGGAGUCUGGACCCUUCUUGGUCUACUGUGACAACAAAAGCGCCAUCGACAUAUCAAAGAAUCCGGUGCAGCACUCAAGGACUAAGCACAUUGACAUAAGACACCACUUUGUUCGUGAAUUGGUGGAAGAAAAACAGGUAGUACUUGAACAUGUUGUCACAGAUUUACAGCUCGCUGAUUUAUUCACAAAACCAUUGGACUUUAACCGUUUUGUCACCUUAAGAAAUUCCAUUGGAAUUUGCACAAGUGGUUUUGAAUGA